AUGCAGCUGAGUCUGGUGGCGCUGGCAAUGGUCUUUUUCAGCACCAUGAGUGACAGCUACGUUGGCAAGUCUUCAAAGACCAGAAAGCAGAGAUGGGUGAGCAGCGAAGGCACGCUGUCGUGCCCCAAAGGCUGCGAGCGAUGCUCAGAGGACAAUGGUUGCACCAAGUGCAAGGCCAAACUCUUCAUCUACUUGGAGCGUAAUGACAUUCGUCAAGUGGGCGUGUGCCUGGCAUCCUGCCCUAUGGGAUACUUCGGCAUGAGGAACCCGGAAGGCAACAACAGAUGUACCCAAUGUAAAAUAGACAACUGUGAUGCGUGUUUCUACCGCAACUUUUGCACUAAAUGCAAGGAGGGCUUGUAUUCACACAGCGGACGAUGCUACGUCAGCUGCCCUCCCGGCAAGCACACUGCCAACGACACAAUGGAGUGUAUAGAGUGUCAACUGUCCGAGUGGACCCAGUGGAGUCCCUGCGUGAAGAGGAACAAGACGUGCGGAUUCAAAAAGGGUUCGCAAUCUCGGGUCCGACUACCAUUGCGGCACCCCCGUAGUCGGGGAACACCCUUGGCCACAGGACCCUCACAGUGCGCACCGCAGACUGAAAGGAGAAAAUGCGUCGUAGAUAAGACGCCCUGCUUAAGAGAGAAGAAAUCCAAACGGGGCCAGCUGGAAAACUCGAAAGGCGUUAAAGACAGUGAUCGGGGAGGUGGCGGAAGAAGGCGAAAAGGCCAAAGCAGGACCACCGUCGUCCCUAAUGUCACGAGCAGCUCGGUGACGGCCUGA